UCUCACUCAAAAAAGGAACCACCCCAAAAAUUGCUAUAUCAGUUGAAGAGUACUCCGAUGACAGAGACCUCUGGCUUGCUAUCAUGGCCUCUCUAUCUCGAUUACCAAAACCCAGUACCAGUAGCAAUACCAGACCCAAAAGAGAAAGGAUCAUCGACCUUUCUCGAGAUUACCCAAAUGAUGAUGAAGUUGAAGUCCAGGUGUUAGACUCUUUCCCUCCACCAUUUCCGAGAAUCAGAAAGCCCUUUCGAGGCCGCCCUUACAUUUCUGAACCAGGACAGUCUUCCAAUUCCAAGCCUGACGAUAGAGAUAUCAUAAUUCCACCUUUCGUGUGUGAAAUCUGUACUGACCCAAAGCCUUAUAGUGACUCAUUCUUCAUACCGGGUUGUACCCACCGUUACUGUUCGGAGUGCAUGGUGAAGUACGUGGGGUCAAAGCUAGAAGAAAACAUUUGCCAAAUUCAUUGCCCUGUUUCGGGAUGUGAAGGGCUAUUAGAGCCGGAGAAUUGCCGUUCAAUUUUGCCGCAACAUGUGUUUGAUAGGUGGGGCAAGGCGUUGUGCGAGGCGGUGAUUGUAGUUUCGGAAAAGUUGUAUUGUCCUUAUAAGGAUUGUUCAGCGCUAAUGAUUCAUGAGAGAGGUGGAAAUGGUGAGGUGAUAACCCAGUCGGAGUGCCCCAAUUGCUGGAGGUUGUUUUGCGCGGAGUGUAAGGUUGAAUGGCAUUGGGGAAUUGUAUGCUCCGAGUUUCAGAAGUUGAAUAAGGAUGAGAGAGAAAAAGAGGAUAUUAUGUUGAUGAAUCUUGCCAAGGCUAAGAAAUGGAUGAGGUGUCCUAAAUGCAAGUUCUAUGUUGACAAGUCUCAAGGUUGCUUGUUUAUGAGAUGCAGGUGUGGAUAUUGUUUUUGUUACAACUGUGGAGCUCCUUUAAAGGGCCACUACUGUUCUAAUUGUAAGCGUUAAGUCUGCAUAAUUAGUUAGACAUUGGCUUCUUCAACAUUUUUUUUUUUUGGCUUCUUCAACAUCAAUGUUCAUCUUUAAGUGUUUAAGGCAGUGCAUUAUAUGGAAAACAGCAAUAAUUUAUAUAUCAAAUAAUUGUCGAAAAUGAAAUCGUGCC